AUGAUUUAUAAAGGAAUGACAAUCUUUAGUUAUAAAUCAAAUCAAAAGAAUAAUUUAAUUAAUUAUUGUAAACAUAAUUCACCAAUAAUAAAACAAUCACCUUUUAAUUCAAAUUUAUUUGAAAUUUACACAACACCUAGUAAAAAAUUAGAAGUUAGAAUAUUUUCAAAUCAAACACUAGAAAUAGUACUUUAUUCUUACGAAAUUGAAUACACUGAAUAUAUUUUAAUUGAGAGAGUUAAUGGGUUAGAAUUUUCUAUCAAAGGAAAAAAUAUUAACUUUUUUAAGUCUAAUAAAAAUGAAUUCUUUACUAUUGGAUUUUAUAAUUUAGAAGAUUUAAAUGAUUUUAUUAAAAUUAUGAAAGAAGACAGUGUUAACUAUUAUGAUAUUUUUAUUAGUAAAUUUAAAAUACUAACAGACUAUAAGGAAAACACUAAUUAUAUUAAUAGUUUUAAAGAAGAUUUUAAAAAAUUACUUAAUUAA